AUGUUCACCGCGAUGAGGAACGAUCUCGAGAAAAAGCAAACGGAGCAACGCGAGGCCGAGGAGCGACAGAUAAAGCUGCGUCAAAAGUGGCAGGAGCAGCGAGAGCAAGACUUACUGCGACUCCAGCACUCUCGGCAAAGCAGCUCCUUUCUAAUGUCGACAAAGCAGGACUCUAAAGGAGCGGUCGAUGCUGGCUUCCGGCUGAGACGAAUCCACCGAGAAAGCUGUCGUGAGCUCACUGAAGAGCUUCAAUUCGGCGUGAGCGUGCGACGAGAAUUCAAAGAAGCGAAGGAGUUGCAGUUCUUCCACUUCUACUACCUACCCGAGGGCCAUGGCUCGAUUAUUACGCUGAAGAUGCACGUCCUACGCGGCGAUGCCGAGGUGUUCAUGUCCACGGAUACCAAGGUGCCUUGCUCCACGGAUUUUACGUGGCGAUCUUCUGAAAGACUGGCGAAGGACUCAGACGAGGGACACCGUAUUACUCUCUAUCCACACGACCUGCUAAAGGCAGCGAACAAUGCGGCAUGUACGAAGCAAAGGGCUACUCUGGGCGACGCCAACGCCUCAUUUCGAUCCCUUAACGCAAAGCAGGACCCGACGUCUCUCCGUGUUGGAUUUUACUUGUCAGUUGUGGCUUUGGAGCCUGGAACAGCGUUCACUCUGGCCGUCAUGUCUUCCGGUCAAAAGAUGCAGCCGUCGCGAGCAAUUCAGACUGUGGACUACCUCAUCGAUCGCUUCAACAUGCUGUCGAGGUCUUUUCAGGAGCAUUCGACAGACGCAGAAAACAGCGAGGAAGAAUCGACAGAUGCACAGGAGCUAAAGUCGUUCCAGCGUCUACUUGAGACUUUGAGCGAGAAGAAAGGCGUCGGGUCACCUCGUGUGGCAUCCAUCUUGCUCUGUGGCCCCACCGAUGAGCAUCUCGAGUUUGUUCAGGACGAAUACCAACGUCUGCAGGAUAUGCAUCGUCUUGUAUCACCGCCUGAAACCUGUCCGGAGAAUUUUCUUGGUCAUCACGACGCUGUUUCUGCUGUUACUGAGAGACGUCUAACUCUACAAGGUAAACGACAAAAACGUCGUCGAGUGGUUGCCGCCCGGUUGCAUCAAAAGCUCGCUCCACUUCGACACAAUUCCUUUGCAAGAAGUCAACUAGAAAAGAGCGCCAGCACUGGAGCGUUGGUAGACUUCAAGGAUGUGCCACAUCCAGUGGCGUACAGCAUCACAACGCUCGAUCCAUUAUCUCGUUCUCAGCGAUUAAAAGCGGCAAUAAUACCUCUUCCUCAGGCAAGACGCAGCACGAAUAAGCAGGUUCCGAAAAAUAAUUGA